AUGUCCAGAUCAUCCAAAUCCAAGGCCGAUAAGCAGAUGGACGAGAAGAUUGUGCAGUUCUGUGCUGUCACUGGUGCAUCCACGCGAGACGCGAAGCGAUUCUUAGAGAAGCACAAGCGCCUGGACAUCGCGAUCGACUCGUACUACACCGACCCUUCGGGCGGAUCGACCGCCCAGGCUGUUCCGCCCGCUUCCACGAGUAAGCUGAAUCAGCUCUUUGACAAGUACAAGGACCCGGAUAGCGACAACAUCGCAGUGAAUGGCACGAUCAACUUCUGCGAGGACCUCGGCGUCGACCCCGAGGACGUCGUCCUCCUCGCCGUCGCGCAUGACCUCAAGUCCCCCGCGAUGGGCGAGUGGUCGCGCAAGGGUUGGGUUGAUGGGUGGAAGGCGCUUGGAUGCGAUUCGAUAUCCGCGAUGAAGGCCGCGCUUACGCGAAUGCGGGAUAGCUUAGGCUCCGACCCGGAAUAUUUCCAGCAGGUCUACAACUACACAUUCGAGUUCUCCCGGCCGCCCGGUCAGCGCAGUCUUGCGGGCGACAUGGCUCAAGGCUUCUGGGAGCUGCUCAUCCCGCAUGGGCUAGCGGGCGGUGCGCUCGCGCACGUCGGCUCGCGAGAUGGCGAUGAGGAUGAUGACAUGAACGGAGACGAGGGCUGGAACGACGAGCACACGCAGUGGUGGUUCGACUUCCUAACGGAGAGGGGUAGUAAGGGCGUGAGCAAGGACACAUGGCAGAUGUUCCUGGAGUUCGUACGUACAAUUGAUUCGAAGUUUGAGGUGUACGAUGUGGAGGCGGCAUGGCCAUCAACUCUCGAUGACUUCGUGGAGUAUGCUAGGGGGCGAAUAGCCAAGGACGAUGCAUAA